AUGUCUGCACCUGGUGCUGGACCUCACAUAUCAAUCAUAAUCUCAUGGCGUUUGAAGGAAGCCCUUAAAAUGUCAAAUUUAAAAAUAUUUGAACACUCCUUGCCCCGGGUUCAGAAAAGCGACCAACGUCGAGGAAAUUGGAGCUGCAAAAGAAGAAUGUUCGAGCAAUCGUUAACUAGCGAUGUUUGUGCCAAAGUUUAG